AUGGCGGCGGCCCAGGUUGGUGUGACCUUUGAAGACAUUGUCCUAACUUUUCACUUAAAUCCUCACUGGGUUGAUGUGACCUUUGAAGACGUUGUCCUGUACUUCUCCAGGGAGGAAUGGUGCCUCCUUGAUGAGGCUCAGAGACGCCUGUAUCUUGAUGUGAUGCUGGAGAACUUUGCACUUAUAUCCUCACAGGGUUGCUGCUGUGGAGCACAGGGUGUGGAGGCACCCACCGAACAGAACAUUUCUGUAAGAGUGCCACAGGCAAAGAAUCCCAAGGUGGCUUCAUCUGCCCAGAAGACCCACCCCUGUGAGAGUUGUGGGCCGGUCUUGAAAGACAUUUUCCACUUGGUGGAGCAGCCGGGAACACAACACAGCCCAAAACUGUUGAGGUGUGGGGCAUGUGCAAAACCGUGUUAUUUCACUGCAGAAUGUCACCAGAAGCAGGAACAGCACAAGAGAGAAAAGGCUCUUGUACCAGCUGUGGACAGGCCCUCACUUGGGAAGGGCUGCAGUUUCAGUGUGUCCCAGGAGCUUUUCACCACCGAGGAACUUGGGCUGGAUGUGCUGACCAGCUCAGGAUAUAUCCAAAAACAGGCUAGCCACACCAGGGACAGUUCAAAUAAAAUCUCGAUCUCUGAGCUGACUUUUCAAAGGAGAAAAAAAGUUUACGCAGGGAAAGAAGGUAAGAAAGCCAUUGGCUGCAACCACACACUUGUUCCAGACCAAGCCGUCCACUCUGGAAGGCAGUGUUUUGUCUGCCGUGAAUGUGAAAAAUCUUUUACAGGCAUCUCUGCCCUUCGUUAUCAUCAAAAAGUUCACACAGGGGGAAAGCCAUAUAAGUGCAGUGAAUGUGAGAAAUGCUUUAGAAAUCGCAAUGGCCUUAUUCUACAUCACCGAGUUCAUUCUGGAGAGAAGCCUUAUGAGUGUGGCAAAUGUGGGAAAUCCUUUAGUCAAACUCCAAACCUCAUUCAGCACCAAAGGGUUCACACUGGAGAGAAGCCUUAUGAGUGCAGUGAAUGUGGGAAAUCCUUUAGCCAAAAUUUUAGCCUCAUUCAACACCAAAGGGUUCACACUGGAGAGAAGCCUUAUGAGUGUGGUGAAUGUGGGAAAUCUUUUAGCCAAAGUUUCAACCUUGUUCAACAUCAAAGGGUUCAUACUGGAGAAAAGCCUUAUGAGUGCAGUGAAUGUGGAAAAUAUUUUGCCAGAAUCUCUAGCCUUCAUUAUCAUCAGAGAGUUCACACUGGAGAAAGGCCUUAUGAGUGCAGUGAAUGUGGGAAAUCUUUUAAGAGCAACUAUCACCUCCGUUAUCAUCAAAGACUUCACACUGGAGAAAGGCCGUACGAAUGUAGUGAAUGUGGGAAAUCUUUCAUCACUAGCCCUGGCCUUAGUUAUCAUAAGAGAGUUCACACUGGAGAAAGGCCUCAUGAGUGCAAUGAAUGUGGGAAAUCUUUUACCUGUCACUCUGGACUCCGUUAUCAUCAGAGACUUCACACUGGAGAAAGGCCUUAUGAGUGCAGUGAAUGUGGGAAGUCUUUCAUCAGGAACUCUCAUCUUUGUUCUCAUCAGAGGUCACACAGGAGAAAGGCUUUUUCAGUGCAGUGA